AUGAUCACGAACAAUUUCAGCACGAUGGUCCACCACAUCCAGUUUGUCGAUAGCUUUGCCGACCUUCCUUCCACUGCUCCAGCCAAUCACCCCCACAUCAUCGAUCUUACUACCUUCAAGGAGAACGACGGCGAGGUCAUCACCGACAUCAAGAUCCAAGACGCCAUCGUUACAACUCUUCAUCAAGUCUCCAAGAAAACUCUCACCAAGUUCUUCCAUCCUACCAAGGCCUUCCACAUGGACUUUGAAUCUAAGACCGAUCGCUACUAUAAUCGUAUCAUUAUCAAGAAGAAAGGCAACGAAGUUCUGGUAGGCCAGUACGCCAAAGUUCAGGGUUGGCUGGAGUUCGAUAAUCUCCUCCGUUGCUCUAUUGAUGCGACCGGAGCCUGGAAGAUCACCUACGCAGCCUACCGCGACUACUUCUCCGUCGAAAUGAUCGGCUUCUUCACCUGGGAGAAUGUCUGGGCAGGAAACAGGGUCAAUGUCGGUGGUCACUUGGCGGCUCUCCGCUUCGAGACUACUGAAGGCCAGCCGGACCGGGCAAUGCUGGCCACGCAAGUUGCUGAUCACCUGUUGUUGGGUCAGUACUGGGACUCUAAGCGCUGGACCAGGGAGUUCCAUUGGGACUGCGACCGCAAUGGCGCCUGGCCCAUCGACACCGAGUAUCUUCCUGUGUGGUUCCUAUGCGUCCAUGAGCAUUUGCCUGCGAACGCACCUUCCGACCAUGCCCACGUUAUCGAUAUGGCUCUCUACAAGCCUUCCCUGCCCUCUAUAGGGGUACAGUGCGAUGUCAAGAUCCAAGACGCAGUCGCCACUCUGCUCUUCAACAUCUCUAAGGCAACCUUGGAUCAAUUCCUUGACAGUCAGACUACAUCGUUCAAGUUUCUCUGGUCAUUCAAGAGGGAGCAUGUCGAGAAUCAGAUGAUCGUUUGGAGGCAGGGUGCUCAAGUUCUUGUCGGCCAGUUCGUAGAGUACCCCGAGGAUGAUGAAUUGGAAUGGGACAACCUUGUUCGCUGCCGUAUCAACUAUGACGGCUCUUGGGACCUUGCAUCCGCCACGUUUGGUAGAUACACUCGCCUUGGGCUUCACCACGCAUGGGCAGAAUCAUUCCUCCCACGUUACACUCGAAUGGGCAUUGAGCAUGACAAGAAGAAGGGGGAAGAGCAAUCCGCACGGAACUUGGGUGAUUACAUCCUGAGCAACGAGUGCUGGAUCCCCAAGGCGGAGUCCAAGUGGAACAUUGAGAUCAGCGUGGCCCGCUGA